AUGGCGACUUUGCCUAUCCCUGUCCUUGAUGCUUCUCUAUUUACUCAGGGCACUGAGGCCCAAAAACUUCACUUUGCUAAUGACUUGAUGGCUGGUUUUAAACGAUAUGGCUUUGUCAAGUUGAUCAAUCAUGAAAUCCCUGAAGAAACGGUUGCGGAGGUUUUCAAUUGGAGCAAGAAGUUUUUCAAGCUGUCUGCAGAAUCCAAAAAAGCAAUUCUCCAUCCUCCUGGUCCAGACCCUCAGCGUGGUUACAGUGCGCUAGGUACCGAAAAAUCAGCCCCAAGACCAGAUUUCAAAGAUUCAAGGGAAAACUUUGACCAAGGACCCGCCAGCGACCUACAAUAUCCGAACCGAUGGCCAUCCGAAGAAGAACUACCCGGAUUUCGAACCUUCAUGGAAUCGUAUUUCACCACCUGUGAAAGCAUCGCGCUCUACAUCAUGUCCGCACUCGAGCUCGCCAUGGGUCUCCCCGCAGGCUGUUUCCACGACCGCAUGCUAGCUGUUCAUGGGAGUGAGCUUCGCCUCAACAGAUAUCCCGAGAUCGAUAUCGCGGACCUGAAUAGCGGCACCGUCAGCCGCAUCUGGCCUCAUACCGAUAUAGGCAUCAUCACGCUGCUGUUCCAAGACGGCGUGGGCGGAUUGGAAAUCGAGGACCCUGAUAACCUUGGGCAUUUUGAACCGGUUGUUCGCCAGGGCCCGACGGAGAUGGUGGUGAAUAUCUCUGCGACGCUGCAGCGUUGGUCCAAUGAUACGUUGCAUGCUGGUGUGCAUCAAGUUACCAUCCCGCAGGGCUGGAAAGGAAAGUCUGAGGGGGUGGUGGCGGAGAGGUAUUCGGUGGCUUAUUUGGCGAAAGCUGAUCGUAAAGUGUCGGUUGGUACUUUGCCUGAAUUUGUCACGGCGGAUGGGAUUGCUAAAUAUAAACCCAUUUCGGCAUUGGAGUUUCAGCAAGAGCGAUUGAGUACUGCAUACUAG